AUUUCCAGGUAGCGUUCAAUUCUACGAAAAACUUGAACGCAGCACACGGAGCGUUGAUAUGAGGGGUUUGGACGGUGAAAACAAAAUGGACAUCGUUCGAAAAUAGCUUACCUGUCUAUGUCAGACAUCUGACUGACACGUCACAAAGAACCUGCGGGAAGAAAAGUGAAAGAAGCCUGAGUUCUGAAGAAUGGAGACUCGCUUUGGUAAUAUUGUGUUCAGCUCUAAGUUUGACUCAGGGAACCUGGCACAUGUGGAGAAGGUGGAGAAGGUGGAGAAGGGCAGCUCUAGCCCUUCCUCUGAUACAGCUUCUGGUGGAAGUGCCCUCUUAGGGUCAAACAUUAACCCUGACUAUGAGUUCAACGUGUGGACGCAACCAGACUGUGCUGGCACAGAACAUGAAAAUGGAAACAGAUCAUGGUUUUACUUCAGUGUGCGGGGUGCAACACCUGGGAAAAUACUGAAGAUCAAUGUGAUGAAUAUGAACAACCAGAGGAAGCUCUACAGCCAGGGCAUGGCUCCUCUUGUUCGCACUGUACCUGGGAAGAACCGCUGGGAAAGGAUACGGGACAGACCCACAACUGAAAUGGUAGAGAACCAAUUCAUUCUCUCGUUCACUCACCGGCUAUCAGAGGUGCGAGGGACAACCACCUACUUUUCCUUCUGCUUUCCAUUCUCCUACACUGAGUGCCAGGAGAUGCUGCAGCAGCUGGAUGAGACCUACCCCAGUGCUGUUCAGCUCAGUCCUAGCAGUGCACCAGACAUUGUAUAUUACCAUAGGGAGCUGCUGUGCUACUCUCUAGAUGGCAAUAGGGUGGACCUGCUCACUGUGACCAACUGCAACGGGAUACAAGAGGAGAGAGAACCCCGUCUGCCUAAACUGUUCCCUGACACCAACACUCCAAGACCACACCGCUUCUCCAGCAAACGGGUGUUUUUUCUCAGCAGUCGGGUGCACCCUGGGGAAACCCCCUCAUCAUUUGUGUUUAAUGGUUUCUUAAACUUUAUCCUAAGAAGAGAUGACCCACGUGCUCACGUGCUUCGCAGCAUGUUUGUGUUCAAGCUCAUUCCCAUGCUAAACCCAGAUGGGGUUGUCCGUGGCCACUACAGGACUGAUUCCAGGGGAGUGAACUUGAACAGACAAUACUUGAACCCAAGCCCUGAGUUGCACCCAUCCAUCUAUGCAGCGAAAGCCCUGUUGCUCUACCACCACACACACAACCGCUUGCACAACACACAGUGCAGCACUCACUCUAACAGCCCUACAUGCACACAGAGCCAGGCCCUCAGCAUCAGACCCGCCAGCCAGCGUCAAACUCCUCCCCUCACUGCCCUGGAAGUCACUUUGAAUCAACGAAAUGCAGAGAAGGAUGCAGACCCCACACAGCCUGAAGUUCCCAUGGUGAUGGAAGAAAACGGCUGGGUCACCACAGACCAGAACAGCUCCUUGAGCUCCUCAGAGACUGUAGCUCAUGUUACUGUAGAGGUCCCACCGGUGGAUGAACAGGUAUCGAUUCCCCCCCAGGAGGGGGGUGUGGCAUAUUAUGUGGACUUGCAUGGCCAUGCCUCCAAACGUGGGUGCUUCAUGUAUGGAAAUAGCCUUCCUGACGAGAGCCAGCAGGUAGAGAACAUGCUGUAUCCCAGGCUGAUCGCUGUGAACUCUGCCCACUUUGAUUUCCUGGGCUGUAACUUCUCAGAGAAAAACAUGUAUGCACGAGACAAGAGAGAUGGGCAGUCUAAAGAAGGCAGCGGGCGGGUGGCCAUUCACAAGUCCAUAGGACUGCUUCACAGCUACACUCUGGAGUGCAACUACAACACAGGAAAGACCAUGAACACCAUCCCACCUGCCUGCCAUGACAACGGACGGGCAACCCCCCCUCCACCUCCCUCAUUCCCUCCAAAGUACACUCCGGAAAUAUUUGAACAGGUGGGACGUGCUGUGGCUGUCUCAGCUCUGGACAUGGCAGAGUGUAACCCCUGGCCUCGGCUGGUGCUGUCCGAGCACAGCUGCUUGACGAAUCUGCGAGCCUGGAUCCUCAAGCAUGUCCGCAACACCAAAGGCCUGAACACACACAUACACACUCACCCUCCACCAAGAAUACACCACAAUGGCAGCAAGGCAUCUCCACCAAAGAGCUUCAGCAACUGUCUGUCUGGCUCGGCGUCAGAGAACACCCUCAGCCGUGUUCGCUGCAACAGCCACAGUAGCAGCAGCCAGACGCCCUCCCCAAAGAUGCACAGCUCCCCGAGCUUUACUUUUGGCUGCCCUCCUCCCCGAACUCACAUGCAGCACAACAACACACACACCGGUGGACGCGGAGGCAACAAGACCCUCGGGCCAGUCAGGGAUGCUAAGCCUCAGGAGAAAAGACGUCCCCCCCACCACCGCUCCAUCCUACGGUCUCCCAGCAAUAGCCACACACUCUCCCGCCCCCCACUCUCACCCCCAUCCUCAUCCUCCUCCUCGUCUUCCUCAGUGUGUGCAGCAGGCUCCUGUCCCCUCCCGGCCUCUGUCAGUAUGAAAGGCCUCAGAUGUCCGGACUCUCAGGCCGGUGGACCCACUUCAGUGGGUUGGUCCAGAAUGUCCUUCCCCAUGCGCCCAGGGUGUGUGGGGAGAAGGUGUCGAACUCUCACAAUCACUCAUCACUCCUCAGAGGCUGCUCAAGAACUGGGGCCUGAACACAUUGUUUCAUCAAUCAAAUUUAGCAAGUGUGAGCUGCAGCCUCACAUGAGCCGCAUCCCCAUUCGGAGGGUGGGGUCAACUGACCUCACUCUCACACUCCACAGUACGUCUUCUACUAGUAACAAUCCAUCCUCAUUUGGAGGAAAAGAUGUGUCAGCCACCAUGAAAGUCUGGAAGCUGCUUAGACCUGGCCUCCAACGACACCCGUCACUGUCAGGUGUAUCUGGGAAAGAGAGUGCCUCUAAAGCACUAAUGAAGAGGAGCACAGACAGGAGUUUACACUACAGUGGAAAUGCCGUCAGAGAAACUGCACCAGAGAUGAAUAAAACAUUGCAACAGGUUGAGGAAACUCUAGUGAUACCUCUGCCUGAGCCUGUGAAUAUGCGUGAGGCAGUGACCAUGUGUGGAGAAGCCUAGGACCUGUACAGAAGGGGAGGUGCUUGUGUGUAUAUAUACAGUGUCUGUUUUUGAAUGUGAACUUAAAUUAUCAUAUUGUGAUCCAAAUCAUUUUAAUCUAUGAAACAGGAGGAGGAUAAUUUAGGAUAUAUUAAUGUGCAAUACAACAUUUUUAAAUAUUACUCACAUUUUUCAGAGGAACAUAGUCUCACCUAAGAGCUGUCCAGUAUAAUCACUGAGCAGCUUUCGUGGAACAACUGAGAGUUAAGUGCCUUCCUCAGUGACAGUGACUGAAGUACACUCACAUAUGUACAGUAUUUCCUUCCCUUAUGCUGCCCCCCCCAAAAUGCUAAAUGACCAAUACUGUUGAGGCACAGAUAAAUAUAUACUGUAUGAUUUCCCAGUCAGCCACUUAUACUGUUUUAGCAAAAGGCUGACUUUAAUCAAACUGACAAGCACAACAACCACCUCCUUAUCACCUUUCUAGGUUUAGAAACAAAUGUGAAAGAAGUGUGUAUUUAAUGUCAUUUUUGUAGACGUUGUUUGUGGUUUGCAUAUAAUGUCCAUAAAGGUCUUCAUCUUCUGUUGGACUUUUCCUGUGAGUUUUUACCAGUGAUCAACAGUAAAGAAAGUGAAAUGUCAAACUGUAAAACUAUAAUCAGUUGCACAAGUAUUCAUCUUUAUUUUAAUACCUGAAUUAUCAAGGGUUCGAUUUUUGAGUUCUUGUAUUGAAUGGCAAGCCAUGUGUAGCAAGUGAUUUUAGAAUACAUAUCUAUUUAGAAAGCCCAGCUGGUAGUUAGGAAGGGAUAUACCAGAGUAAUUUAUGAUAAAGUUACUGAAAAGUACCAAUUAAAGGAGUGUAACAAAAAUUCCAGUGAGUAUCUGUGUGAAAAUUGCGCUCAUGGAGGAAAAACACCAAAAGAGUUGGAGCAUAAGGCAGAAAAAAAAAUCCUUAAAAGUGAAGGCUUGUGGAGGUAGAGGAUCUAGUGAAUGCAGAAAAAUACAAAAAAAUUCUGGAGGAGAACCUGCUGCAGGUGUACAUAAAGUCAAGAUUACACACAGGGCAUUAAAAACUAGUUAGGCCAAUGUCAAUACAGACCUAAAACACACUGAAUUGACUAAAUGUCUUACAUUUUCAUCAUGAAAUAAAACAAUGUGAAGUAGGACUAACUGCUGUCUUAACACUGUUUGAUCAGGAGCCUAAGAGAAAAUUAAAUUCAGGAGCCAAAACUGACCGUUUUAAACCUAGUGACAGAUGGACUUAUUACCAAAUAAUAAUGCAACUGAU